AUGGGUGCUAGUGAUGAUUCCUCGUUCUAUCUGUACGGUAUGGGCGAGAGGCCCGAGGCCCUUACCCUCGGGUCGCUGGUCCUGGAAAGAUACUGGGAACCACUGGUUGCAAGACAUUAUACCCACGAGUUACUGAGCCCGGAAGCACUCCAGGAGUACGCCUACGUCAGCGAUAUCUCCAACGUGAUCUUCCACGGACGCUCUCGUCUGACGCCUGCCGUCAGCCUCAGCGGCGGGGAUAUCAUCGAUCUCACUCUCGCCUGGAACAAGGACUCUGAGCGCAUCGUGGUAGCAAAGAAGGGAGCGCGAAUAAUCUUGAAGGAUGCUGAAGAAUUUCUGGCAACAUCAGUCCUGAGCAAUCCCAAGGCGCAGGAGAAGCUCAAAUUAUGGCUUUCAGCCGCCCGGAGCGCCUAUGUCCUGAACUUCAAAUUCGCACGUCGGCCAAAGGUUUGGAUGCUGACUGGACUUUAUCUUCUCGAAGACGCACGUGCAAUGGUCUCUCGCCAUAACUCCUGUAAGAUAUCCGCAGGUUUUUCCGCCGCCCUCGUCGGUGCGCUAUCAAGCGUACCUGUGGGCGGGUCGUUGAGUCUCGGCGAGGGCAACUCCUGGCAGAUGACUACGGAACUAGCCGAUCAGCAUGUUUGGGCUGCUCAGUACCGCUUACUAGAUGCUCGUUUUGUCAAGGUGGGCAAGGGAGAUGCGGCAAGCGCGAAGCUACCACUUUCGAUGGGAUUGUAUCGUGAUGUCUUGUCCGUGAAUACCGCUAGGGGUGAAGGAGCCGACGAAGCGGAAUUAGAAUUGAAGGGUGAGGAAGAGACCGACGACGAAUCCGGCCAGGGCGUGGAGGAUCAGGAUAGUGAGGAGCUGAAGGGGUAUGAGAAGCGAUUAGAGGAGGCCAUCUCUGUUUUUGAGAAGGCCCCACAGCAUUUUUUGAAGUGA